UCCGGCGGUUAUUGCGCAUGCGUAAAAAUGGAGUUUCUUGCUACAAUUUUCAAAACAGGGCGGAAGAUAUGUUAAUGUUUUGAAUAUAAGAGACAUUAUUGCGAUAUUGCCUAGGUGGAGAUGAUAGUUCAUGCAAUGCUUUAUACUAGCCAUUAGAUUAAUGCUCAUUCUAAUGGCCAAAUCUUGUGCAAACUAUGUUCAAAUCUGAAAAAUAUCUGAAAAUAAUUAUACGUCCGACAGAAAGUUUUGACAAGUUUUUAUACCUACUCUUGUGCAUGUUAUUAAAGGCUGUGUUUGUGCGAUGAUGUGAUUCUAUAUAAAUGUGAUUGCUGCAGUGUUUGUGUUCUUACUGACAAUGAUGUGAAAAUAACUAUGCUGAAGAACAAACAACCCCCUCCGAUUCCAGCUGCAAAACCUGUCAGAGAUCGCAGUGUGGGUCGAGACAAGGAAAGGGAACCAUUAACCGAUCCAAAUCAUUGGAGUUUACAUGUACAGGAAACGCUUGUAUCUGCACUCCCAGAUGAAGCCCUUCAUGUUACAUUACUUGGGGGUGCAGACAAUGGAUAUUUUCUGUAUUUAGAUGAUGUAGAACAUGAUAAAAUAACAUACCACAGCGGUAGAUUGGAGGCUGGUAAUAUUGUUCUUGAGAUUCAAGGGCAAAGAAUUGCUGGUUAUACAUUAAGAGAUGCUCUUAUCUGGCUUAAACAAGUCAGUCAAAAUGGGGCACCUGUGAUGAUAAAAUCUGUCAGACCAGGGCAAUUACCAAAAGACUUGAGACAUUAUUUAGGUUCUCGUUUUCCUAAAGGCUCAAUUGAUCAUGACCAGCAACAGACGAUACGUGAUAAUCUCUACCUCCGUACUGUGCCAUGUACUACACGUGAACCUAGACCAGGUGAAGUUAAUGGUGUUGACUAUACAUUCCUUAGUGAGAAAGAUUUUCAGGAGCUAGAGAAGAGUGGCAGUCUACUGGAGAGUGGAAUAUUUGAUGGAAAUAUGUAUGGAACACCAAAACCACCAAAAGAUCCACAAGGUCAAAUACCUCGCCGGACAAGUUCUAUCGGUAGUAUACUACCUGGGGCUCAUCCCUCUGAUGGGAAGAGGCGAAGAUACCGUAGUAAUACAGAUUUAACGCCUAAAUCACCUGCUACACCAAGAAAGAUUUUACCAGAUCCCCCUCCACGAGGGAAGUCAUCAGAACAGCCAGACUGGGUGGACAAUCUGGGUCCACUUCCACCAAACUGGGAAAUGGCAUUUACUGAUGAUGGUCAUCCAUAUUUUAUUGAUCAUAACACAGAACAGACACAUUGGUUAGAUCCAAGAUUAGCAAGUAAAUCACCAGAAGAAAUUGGAAAUAAUGAAUUACCAUUUGGUUGGGAAAAGGUUGAAGAUCCACAUUUUGGAGUAUACUAUAUUGACCAUGUAAAUAGAAAAACACAGUAUGAGCACCCAGGUGUUUCAUUGAAGAAAAGCUCUACAGCAGAUGAAAUAAACAGCAGUAGUACAUUACCAAGAAGAGAUAAAAGAGAAGGGAGUGCACCACGGUCAGUCAGUGAGUCAGAUAUGAACGGAAAAUCUACUCCACCAGCAUACCGCCCCAGAUCAAAGAAAAGCAAGACCCCACACAGUAAACGAGCAAUAGUCAAGCGGGUUUUUGUCAAGAAUCCACAAGAACUUCAGGGAGAAGUAUUUCAUACACGGCUUCUUAAAGGUGAAAGGGGGCUUGGCUUUACAAUUAUAGGUGGCGAUCAUCCAAAUGAAGAAUUUCUUCAGAUCAAAAAUGUUGUAAGAAAUGGACCAGCUUAUGUGGAUGGAAAACUGCAAACUGGUGAUGUAUUAGUGCGUGUUAAUGGAGAACUUGUUCUUGGCUACACUCAUCAGGACGUUGUUCAGCUAUUUCAAACACUUCAGCCAGGAGAUUAUGUGGAGCUUGAAAUUUGCAGAGGUUACCCAUUGCCAUUUGACCCCGAUGACCCCAACACUGAGAUUAUAACAACGAUUGCCGUAGGGCAUAACGAUACACGUGGUUCAAAUUCACCGGCCUCAUACUCGUCACGUGAAAACAUUGAUUUCCGUAAUGAUAUGUCUUCAAGAAGUUUAAAAUCAUUACCAGAGCUGGUGAAAUCAGCAAAUAUGAACCCAGCAGUAGAUUACCCUUAUCAUAAAGGUUCAGAUACUAACACACCUGAUGUGUUAGGUCAAACAACGCCAGAGAUAUUGACUAUGGAUAUAGUACGAGGGGACAUGGGUUUUGGUUUUACAAUAGCAGAUAGUUCAUUUGGGCAAAAAGUAAAGCAGAUAUUAGAUCGUGAAAGGUGUGGAACUUUACAGGAAGGAGAUUUUAUUCAGCAGAUAAACAGUACUAAUGUGGUAGAUAUGAAUCAUGCACAGGUUGUUCAAGUGUUAAAAGAUUGUCCUAUAGGGGAGGAAACACAGAUUGUUGUACAAAGGGGAGGUAUACCACUUAAAGGAAGACCAAAUAAAACAGUAAGUAGUUUUGAUAUGAAUGAAGAUUUACUGGAAUGGAUAUUGGAAAACCAACCAGGAGCAUAUUUCUUUAAAUGUUCUCCAGAAAAAGGUGAAGGUCCACCUGGUUUGAACUCUGUUGAUGGUUACAUGAACAUGUCAAAAGUGCGUGAUGAGUUAGAUGGUUCAGGAGUACCUCCAGAAAUUCCUCGUCGACCUCGCACACCUAAUGAUCCACAGCACCCUAAAACACCGUCCGAAACUCGUCCUAAGACCCCAACAAGGCUUCCUUUUCAAAGUGAAAAUGCAAGAGCAAAACUGAAUACACCUAAUAGUGCUAAUUUACCAAGAAAGGAUUAUUUUCAAACAGAUAAUUCAAAGGAAAUAACUAAUAAUAGUAAUGUUGAGCAUUUAAACACAAACUCAAGGCCUCCACCAGGUCCUAGAUUUGAUCAGUUUAGGUCAGAAACAGGACCUAGGUCAGACUUUAAGGGCAGAACAAAUUUUAAUAUGCACAAUUCUUAUGAUAAAGACAUUACUGGAAGAGGUGACAGUGUGAAACCAGGACAGUUCAGAAGCCGGACACCUGGACCGGAACUCAUGCAUCGAACUCAAAUACCUGAUUAUCGACCAGAGCCAAAUCGGCCAAAAACUCCUACAGCAUCAGAUAUGAGAAGUAAAACUCCUAUCCCUGGCUUAUAUGGGCAAGUUCCAGGAGGAAAUUCUGAGUUUAGAAACAAUCAUUAUCAAAAUUCGUGGGUAAAUCAUAGUGGCUCGUAUAAAACUUUUGACCCUAAUUCAAGGACAUGGGGUUCAAGUAUUCCAGAAAAUACUUACAGUCGUAUGAAUUCAAGUGUACCUAUGGGCGCUGGUCGUCCAUCUAAGCAAAGUACUUCUUUUGAAAUAGAGGAACCAUCAUCUAAUGAUAUGAUGAGGAUUCCAAAAGAUACCCGUUUUUUUCCCUCAUUCGGGUCCUCAGUCUCCAACCCUUUUCAGAUACCAGUUGCUGGGUCAUUUGUACCAGGGGGUGCCGCAGACCAGGGGUCUGGUUACGAACUGGGCUUUAUUUCUAUCAAAAUUUCAGAUGGUUAUCCCUAUGAUGUCGUUGUUAGUCGAAGAGAAAAUGAGGGCUUCGGUUUUGUUAUAAUAUCGUCUGUUACGAAAGCUGGUUCGACGAUAGGUGAGUUCAUUGAUAAUGUGUCAUUAUAUCAUGGUAGAUUAACUGUAGAUGAUAUCUUCAAUAAGACAAAAUUGUACCCAUGGAUUGGUCGUAUUUUAGAUAACAGUCCAGCAGAGAGAUGUGGUCAGUUACGUGUUGGUGAUCGUAUAUUAGCUGUCAAUGGUGUUGAUAUUUCACACCUACAUCAUGAGGAUAUUGUCAACAUUAUCAAGGAAUCAGGAUAUUCUGUUACAUUAACUGUUGGACCACCUCUUGAUGAUUCAUCAAGCAACACGUCACAGAGGAGUACUGGAGGUUCAAUGAUGAAUGCUAUGGCAAUGCCAACACUGAAUGAUACAGAUAGCAAAUUUAGAUAUGCAUCUGUACCAGGACAUAAAGACAGUCUGAGAUCGAGGAGAUACCAUGCAAAGGAUAUCCAAGAUGAUCAGAUAUAUGUGGUGGAUUUGAAUCGUGGUCACAGAGGCUUUGGUUUCUCUAUUCGUGGUGGACAAGAGUUUAAUAAUAUGCCAUUGUUUGUUCUACGUAUUGCCGAGGGAGGAGCCGCAGAUAUUGAUAAAAGAUUACGGGUUGGAGAUCAAUUGUUGGAAAUCAAUGAUUAUAGAACAGAGAAUAUGACACAUUCAGAGGCAAUAGAUAUUAUACAGAAUGGUGGACCAACGUUGAGACUGGUUGUUAGGAGAACCGGAAAACCUCCGCCUAGUUUCGAGCCAUCACCAUCUCCUGGGACACGAUAUCCUCCGAGUCCGAUGUCAAAUGGUCCAAUCGGUCAGAGUUCACCUUACCUGGGGCGUAGAAAUAUUAACUUUGAUCGAGAAGAUCACACAUACUAUAAUCAACCUGCCAGUAGGUCUUAUAUAAACAAUUGACAGUGUUUCACAUUGCAAAGGACAAUUGGAUAUUUUGACGAUAUGAGAUAAAACAGUAUUUCCAUACAAGUCAGGGAGAUGAGUUAUUUUACACAUUGUUUUUAAUGGAUACUUCUAAGCAGUUGUAAAGUAAUAACGGUGCUUGGGAUAUUGUUGAUGACCAAGUUUAAUUGAUACGCUAUCAGUGAGCCUGGUAUCCUGUACAGGACAGCUUUCAUUUUUUCUAUACAAGCAGUCAGUGAUUCUUGUGACCUAUGUAGGACAGUGCAUCUUAUGGAAUAAGCUGUCAAUUUUCCUGGUACACUGUAUCACAGAACAUUAUAUGGAAUAAGCUGUCAGUGUUCCCGGUACCUUGUAUCGGACAAAGCAUUAUAUGGCAUAAGUUGUCAGUGAUCCUGGUACCCUGUAUAAGAUAGAGCAAAAGCUGUGUUCCUGGUACCCUGUUUUGGACAGAGCAUUAUAUGGAAUAAGCUGUCGGUGUUCCCAGUACCCUGUAUCGGACAGAGCAUUACAUGGAAUUAGCUGUCACUAUGCCUGGUACCCUGUAUAAGAUAGAGCAAAAGCUGUUCUCCUGGUACCCUGUUAUGGAAUAAGCUGUUGGUGUUCCUGGUCCCCUAUAUCGGACAGAGCAUUACAUAGAAUAAGCUGUCAGUGUUCCUGGUACCCUGUAUCAGAUAGCGCUCCAUGUGUUGUGAAAUUAAGAUAGCUUGCAUACACCAGGGAAUAUUCUGAUCAGUUGUAUAAAUUCAUUUUGACAUAUAUUGCAUACAGAAAAUGUUUGUGUGACAUUUGUAUUAUGUGCAACUCCAGAGCAGUCAUUAAUUUUUGUGCGAUUUUUUUUAGCAACAGUAAAAAAAUGAUAUAUUUGUGACUUAAAGAAUUUGAAUAACAAUAGUAGAUUGGAGGUGAAAUUACAGUAAAACUUAUUAUGCAAUUGAAACAUUUGCAAGCAAAGUUUUGUGAUAAACUUUAUUUUUAUACUUACUUUAAGAUUGAGCAUUUCUGUGUUACACACGUAUGUGCCAGUAGAAUAUUGUAAGAUCAUCACUUACUUCAGUUUAAUAUUGAAUCAUCCUUUCACUGCUUGGUACUUUGUUUACUCUACUUCUAAAGUAUAUGUCCACCCUAUUUUGUUUACUCUACUACUAAAAUAUAUGUACACCCUACUUGCAGGCUAUUUUUUCAGCUAUAAGGUUUAACUAACUGCACACCUGUUUGAUACUGCAAAAUUUAAUUUCUUUCAAAAUGUUGAAAUAGAUUUAUUAAGAUAACAUUUGAGUUAACUUUCUAACAGUAUUAUGACCUGGUAAAUUGUUCAGAAAGAUGCAGUUUUCUAGAUUAAUUAUUUCAGAGCUAACUCUAAAUAACUGCAUGAUGAGUAGCUGAUAAUUUCUAUGAGAAGGCUGUAUUUUACUACGCAACCUGCUGCAAAUUCUACACAUAAAAAUAUAAGAGGACAAGUGAAAUUUUUUAUCAUUGUAAAUCAUUGACACGUGUAUUUUAGUAUUAAACAUAUAUAAAAGAAUGUGAAUAGGUCAUCAAGUAUGUGACUUUUUGAAAAUUAGAUUUUCAAACAGAAUUUUGUCCAUCUUAUAUGAUGGGUUUUUUGUAGAUGAGUUAACAUUACUAUAUAGCAGUGAAAGGGUUAUCAAUUUUUAAACUUUACAGAAUACUAUUAUUUCCUUUCAUUGAUACUUUUUAUUGUUAUUUUUUAAUUAUUCUUUUAGAAUGGUAAAGUGUUGUACAGUUCACAAACUUCUUUGGACAUACUAUUUGAAAUAUAAUGUGAAAAUGAUGAGAAAAUAUGGGGGUAAAAUCUAAAAUGUUUUGCAAUUAGUAAUCCAACGUUAUUAUUGUUGCAUUAUGCCCAUUCAAGUGUAAAUUUUGAGAGUACAAUUAAAAGUAAAAAGAAGUUGACAUUUUGCCAAAUUUUUUCGCGGUUUCAUAUUUUACCUUUAAGUGAAAAUUCAAUAACUCACAUGGCACACAGAAAUUUCUAUAAAUAUCUUUCAGAAUAUAUCGGUAACACUUGGUUGUAAAAAAAGAGAGGGGUAUUUUUAUAUUUAAGGUAGUUUUUAUACCUUAUCCUUAACACAUGUAAUUAUCAAUUACUGGUCAAUUACUAUUUAAAUAAUCAAUCUUUUGAAAUAUAUAUGUAAUUCAACACAACAAAAUGAGCAUAAUGUCACUCCUACAUGACCCUAUGGUCGAAAUAUUGCAUUGUAGAAUUGUGUCCUUUUCUAGCAAGUGUAUAAUCUAGGACCAUCAUGUUUUGUUAUACAUAGUCAAUAUAGGCUGCAUUGCAUAUUGAGAUACCUUCAAGUGAGGAAACUAUCAAGCUAGCUGAUGGAAUGUCAGUGGUUCUACUCAGGUGCCGUCAGUACCUAAAGUAAUGCACAUAGGGGCACCUGAGGUCUGCCUCCAGCAGUUAAGCUGGAAAGUCGCCAUAUGACCAGAACAGUAUUGGUUCAAAGUUAAAACCAACAACCACAAAAAAAUCCUAUGUAUACUUCUUGAACAACAUUUUUCUUUUCAUUUUGAUUCAUGUGUGAAAAAGGAAGAAAAAAAGACACCCAGUACUGGUAAGUUCAGGGGAAAGAGACUUGAGAGUAGUUACAUGUACAGUACAGCUUAAAUAAAUAAUGUUUCAACACCACUUACCAUUCUAACUGAAUUUUAUUAUUUUCAAACUAAGUCUUUAAUUGAUAUUAUAAUUGUUAGAAUAUAGAAUAGUUAUAAUUGUACAUAUGAAGAUAAUGUUAAGGAAGUAAGAAUGUGUGAACAUUAGAAGUGGGGUCAUUAUUAUACCCAGGACUAGCCCAUUCUGUAUCACUAAUAUGACAUUCAAAUACAAACUUAACCACUUAUAUUUUUGACAUGGAACAUUGACUGUAAUGCUCAUUUGUCUCUCACCGCUGAUCUAGAAAUCAAAUAGCCCUAGUAGCUUGUUCACUUGCUGAAAAAUUGUUAUUAUUGGUUAAGACAGUUGGACAUCUAGGAUAGAAAUUAGACUGAAAAUGUGUUAAAAUUGUCAUUUAUAAAAAAAAACACACACAUACACACAAAGAUUAUCACAUAUAUUUUGACAACAUCAAAAAUUCAAAAUACACCCUUGCCAAAAGUCUUUACUAAAAAAAUUCUUAUGUUGCAAAAUAAUUCAAUUCUUCGAUAAAAGUAAUAA